UAAGGAAACCUAACAAUUCUCAUCCUUCCUAAAAUCUUUGAGUGUGAUUCUGAAUAGCGUUUUGUCAAGAAAAAUGAAUCCGAAGGCUCUUAUAUUCUUAGCUCUUCUAUUUGCGUCUGUUCUUCUUAUCUCCUCAGCCGUGGCUACUGAGACAUCUAAUGAUGAGGAAAAACCUGCAGAAGAGUCAGAGCCUGUAGAAGACGCAAAGUAUGGCGGUUACGGAGGAGGGUAUGGCGGUGGACGUGGAGGGUAUGGUGGUGGUGGACGUGGAGGGUAUGGUGGUGGACAUGGAGGGUAUGGCGGUGGACAUGGAGGAUAUGGAGGAGGCCGUGGUGGAGGAGGCCAUGGAGGCCGUGGAGGUGGCGGCCCAGAUGGAAACUGAAGCCAAGCCCUAGAGAACUAGAGUGGAAAAAAGUAUUAUGCAUGUAUUUGUCUGAAUAAUGUAGAAUGUAAGCUUUGAAGUAUGAGAAAAUAUAAAUAAGCAUGCAUGCAUGUGCUUUUUUUGGUUAAA